GCUGUGCGCACUGAAACUUUUCAAAGAUACAGUAACCAUCAACCUACCCUACCGCUGGGAUUAAUUAUGGGUGGGACGCGGCGGUCACCGAGUGUUUGGCUCUACGGGAUUUUUUUUCUGUUACAGGUACUGCCCUCCGGGAGUUUAGAUGUUUCAGGCUGUAGCUCUGGUUUCACCUCCCCUGAGUACACCUUUGUUGUCAGCCGCAGGGAACUGGACAAAGGCAGAAAGCUCGGCAAAGUAAACUUUGUGGAUUGCACAGCACGGAAGCAUAGUGUUUAUGAUGUGGGAGACUCUCGGUUCUGGUUGCUCAUGGAUGGCACCGUUUUGGCUAAACGCCAUGUCAAACUACAUGGUAAAGACACCAAAUUUACCGUCAGUACCUGGGAUGCUCUUGGAAGGAAACAUUCCACCACAAUCACUGUGAUCAGCAAGCGUCAUCGCUCAGUGGAGGAACCUCACAUUAAAUCUAAAGACUCUGUGGUAACAUUUCCUGAAAAACACCCUGGAUUGAAGAGACAGAAAAGAGACUGGGUUGUUCCUCCAGUCAAAGUGUCUGAAAAUGAGAGGGGGCCUUUUCCAAAACGUGUGGUGCAGAUCAAAUCAAACCGGGAUAAAGCAACCAAAGUUUUCUACAGUAUUACAGGGCAAGGUGCGGACACACCUCCUGAAGGCGUUUUUAUCAUAGAGAAGGCCACGGGCUGGAUGAAUGUUACCCGUCCUCUUGAUAGAGAGGAGCUUGAUAAAUAUAUUCUACUGUCUCAUGCAGUGUCUGAGAAUGGCCAGCCAGUUGAGGAGCCCAUGGAGAUAAUCAUUGCAGUUAUUGAUCAGAAUGAUAACCCACCAAUCUUCACAGAGGCCGUUUUCAGGGGCUCCGUGAAGGAAGGCGUUCAACCAGGUACUUCUGUGAUGUCUGUGACCACAACUGAUGCUGAUGAUCCAGAGACCACAAAUGCACUGAUAGCUUAUUCAAUCAUUAAGCAAGAGCCUGAAGAUCCAACAUCAAAGCUGUUCACCAUCAACCGAGCUACUGGUGCUAUUGGAGUGAUUGCUACUGGCUUAGAUAGAGAGAGGGUGCCACAGUAUACACUAACUGUAGAAGCUGCAGACAUGGACGGAAUAGGUCUUCGUGCAACUGCUCAAGCAGUCAUUGAGAUCAUGGAUGCAAAUGACAACCCUCCAAUCUUUGAGUCAAAAACCCACAGCGCAAUUGUGCCAGAAAAUGAAGUGGGUUUUGAAGUGAAGAGGCUGUCAGUGACUGACAAGGACCAGCCUGAAACUGCUGCAUGGUGGGCAGUUUACAAGAUUAGGGGUAAUGAAGGUGGCUACUUCAAAAUUACCACAGACCCAGAAACAAACGAUGGUAUCUUGACAACAGCUAAGGGCCUGGAUUUUGAAAGCAGGAAGCAAUUUGUUCUGCUGAUCACUGUAGAAAAUGCAGAACCAUUUACUGUUAACCUGCCCACAUCUACAGCUACAGUGACUGUGGAUGUGGAGGAUGUAAAUGAAGCUCCCUAUUUCACACAGCCUGUUAUGCGUUUCGAAGUGUCUGAGAAUCUCCCUCUAGGGCAGCAGAUUGGAUCACUUUCAGCACAGGAUCCAGAUAAACAGCAGAACCAGAAACUGAGUUUUAGCAUUGGUAAUGACCCAGCUCGUUGGCUGUCUGUUAACAAGGGCACUGGCAUAGUAACUGGCAAUGGUAACCUAGAUAGAGAGUCGGAGUAUGUGAAGAACAACACUUAUAUCGCUAUUGUGCUUGUCAGCGAUGAUGGCAUUCCAUCUGGCACAGGUACUGGAACUAUUGUGCUCCACGUGCUGGAUAUAAAUGACAACGGCCCUGUUCCCAGUCCACGAGCCUUCACUAUCUGCAGCCGAGAGCCAGAGCCUCAAACACUCACAAUCACUGAUGCUGAUCUUCCGCCAAAUACCUAUCCUUAUAAAGUGGAGCUAGCACUAGGAUCUGAAAAUUCAUGGGCAUCUGAAUUAGAAGAUACCUCACUUAUACUUAAACCUAAAGUGCCUCUGGACGUGGGAUAUUACAGCAUCUAUGUGCGUUUAACUGAUGCACAGAAGUGGCAACAACUGACUGUGGUGAAUGCAACAGUGUGCAACUGUGCUGGUUUAGUGACUGGCUGUAGAGAGGGACGAAAUGAGGAGUUUAUCCAGCUACCCAUUAUAUUGGUCAUCCUAGGCUCUGUUCUGGCACUACUGAUCCUUCUCCUGCUUUUGCUGCUCUUUUUAAAGAGGAAGAAGGUUGUAAAGGAGCCGCUGCUUCUGCCUGAGGAUGACACAAGAGACAAUAUUUUCUAUUAUGGAGAAGAAGGCGGAGGGGAAGAGGAUCAGGAUUAUGACCUUAGCCAGCUACAUAGAGGCCUCGAUGCUCGGCCUGAUGUCAUGAGGAAUGAUGUAGUCCCCACACUGAUGCCUGCUCCGCAAUACAGGCCACGGCCCUCAAACCCGGAUGAAAUUGGAAACUUCAUUGACGAGAACCUUCAUGCUGCAGACAAUGACCCAACUGCUCCUCCUUAUGAUUCUCUCCUUGUGUUUGACUAUGAAGGCAGUGGUUCGGAGGCUGCCUCUCUCAGCUCCUUGAACUCCUCCAGUUCGGACGGUGACCAUGAUUAUGACUGUCUAAAUAAUUGGGGUCCCCGCUUUCGAAAAUUGGCAGAUAUGUAUGGGGGAGAAGAGGAUUAGUUUGCAAGACGGGACUAUUGCUGCACGUUCAAGACCUAUGUAGCCUCUGUAUCAUAUUCAGGAUUUAGUACAUAAGGACUACUUGUAAUAGCCUUCUCAAUCUUGUGUUUUCUCUGGGUUCUGUGGUUGUGGAAGAAACAUAUUGCAUACUGUAGUUUGGAUAAUUCACCCCCACAUUAGAGGUUUUUACCUCUCCCAAACAAGGCCCAGAGAUACUUCUGCUUACAACUUGUUAGAAGAAAAAAAAAAUGCAUACUUGCCUGUGGCCUCCUUGAACUUCAGGCCCUCUGAGUUCUUUGCAUAGUGUAUGUAUACUGUUACACUUGCAGAACAUGCACAUUAUCGGAUGUUGGCUGCAGUCAUGAAGUAUUGGUAGUUUAAAAACAGUUGUCCCACAUUUUAAUAACUCUGCAUUUAUUUUUAAAUUAAAAAAAAAAAAAAACUUUCCUGUCAGUCUUACACUGGAAAUCUUAACUACUACAAAUUCUAACUGAAUAAACCUGAUGACACUUGGUGUGAUUGGAAAAGCUAUUUGUCUGCAAGGCAGAUAUUAGGAGGGUAUUCUAGCAGAAAAAAAAAAAAUAUAUAUAUAUAUAUAUAUAUGUGUAGUGCCUGGUUUUUAUUUCCCAUCAACAAGUUUUAUAAUUCUGUGAUAUUUAUAACAUUACAUUUUUGUGUACUUUUGAAAUCUUAAAGAUGUUGGGGGUGUAAAAUAAAAUUUCAUUAAAGAUA